AUUUUACUCCGCCUACUUAAAAUGGCGGAUAGUACCCCUGAGUGGUUGAAGGUCGGUUCUAAAGUCUUGGUAAAGGAUAGAGGUCUAGAGGGGACGGUAAGGUUUUUGGGUGAGACUAAUUUCGCUCCUGGUCUCUGGGCUGGCGUUGAACUGGACGAACAGAAAGGGAAAAACGAUGGAACUGUCAAAGGAAAGUCAUACUUCAGUUGUGAGGAGGGGUAUGGUUUAAUGGUACGAUAUCAUCAACUCGACCCGAUUGACAGUGGAGGUCUUGUAGCCACACCCACAACCUCCUCACCAGAAAGUUGGAUAAGACCAGGUCUUAGGGUCCUCGUUAAAGACAAGAACCUUGAGGGGACCAUAAGGUUCUUUGGAAACACCGAGUUUGCUCCUGGUAAAUGGGUGGGAGUAGAGUUGGAUGAUCCUAAAGGGAAAAACAAUGGAUCUGUCAAAGACAAGGUUUAUUUUGAGUGUCGUGAGAAGCAUGGGCUAAUGGUUCGAUCUCUUCAAAUUGAGUCCCUGGGGGACGUACCCUCGUCUACCCUUGUACCAAAGAAGAGACUAGGAGGUACCAAAUCGCCGAUCACUGGCUCAUCCCCUGGAGCCAAACGAUCACAACUUGCUAAACCAUCCCCUAGAAGUGGGAGUGGUCACACUACACCUGGUUCCACUCCUAGCUCAACGUCACCUAAAGUCCCUCACAAAGCCACACCCAAAGAUGAGGAGUCACCUUUGCCUCCUCCCCUUCCUUUGGUGUCCGCAGAGUCAGGGGGAACGGAUCCAGUGGUGUUGGAUUUACAGCAGAAACUGUCGAUACUCCAACAGAAAAGAGCUGAAGAUAAAACAAAGAUAAAGGAAUUGGAAAAGUAUCGUAUGCAAUACCAACAAAUGGUUGAAUAUAAAGCAAAAUGGACUGAGUCACAGUCUGAUCUUCAGCAACAGUUGAAGCAAGCAAAGAAAGAGGCGAGGGAUGCCCAGUUAACUAAGGAGCAGGUGGAGGAUGAACUGAGAGAACUCUCUGAUGCUGUGGAGAUUGCAACACUUGACAAGGAAAUGGCAGAAGAAAAGUGUGAAGGUCUGCUAGCGGAGAAUGAGGCUCUAAAGGAGCAGAUACAGGAGCUGAGUAUGGACCUUGAGAUACUCCAGAAUGAGAUCAGUGAGUCGGGAUAUGAGGGAGCAGCUGCUAGCGGCCAACUCAAGCAACUGGAGCAACAGAAUAACCGUCUGAAAGAAGCACUAAUGAGAUUAAGAGAUGUUUCAAACGAGGAGAAGUCAGAGCACCAGCUUCUCCUCAGAGAUUUUGAGAAACAAACUCAAGUUCUGUCUCAGACUAAUGAGCAGAAAUCCCGACUGGAAGAAGAACUAAAAGGAGCUGAGGAAUUUAUAGCUACACUUAAGGAGCAGGUGGACAUUGCAAUGGGGGCGGAAGAAAUGGUAGAGAAGCUCACUGAGCAGAAUCUAAAAUUAGAAGAAGAUAUUGUACAACUGAACGAGGCAGUGUCUGACCUUGAGGCUUUGAGAGAACUGAGCGAGCAGCAAGAAGAAAUAAAGAUAGAGGAGGAACACGAGCUAAGGGAGGAGCUGGACAUGAACAUGAACAACAUACGGCAGCUGGAACAAAAACUAGACGCUUCUCAGGAAACCAUUGUUGACCAACAGAAGACCAUUGACAAGUUUAGGGACUUAGUCCGUCACUUGCAGACGGAUCUAACUGAAUUAAGGAAGCAGCCAAAGGAGGAGCAAGGGGAGGUGGAGUCAACUCCUUCGAUUGUGUCAUCGGAGACAAUGUUGAGUCAAAUAAAGACAUCAGCUGUUCAAGCCUAUUCAAGGACAAUUGAUUACGAAUUGCGUAAACUUGAGUCUCAGCAGUCCAGUGAGAUAAUAAAUUAUUUCAAGUCUUUUCUUCCGAAUUCAUUCCUUGUCAGUGGAGGUGAUUAUGAUGCUGUCAAUGUCAUUAUGCUUCUGCCAAGGAUUGUUUUUAAGGCUGAACUGAUUAUUGAUCAACUUAAGCAACAAACUGGAAUAGAUGAAGCCCUCUCCUCUCCCUCUACUGCUCCACCAAACAGAUUAGAUUUACAAACGUUUGCUUCGUUCCUCAUCUACAAACUAACGACUCUUUGGCAGCUGGUCAAUGUUGUCAUUAGGAUUUUAACUGAAUGUGAUGUUCCUUUGUAUCGUCAAGUUGGUGGAAUCAGAGAUGACCUUGCUUUGCACGAGAGGGCCCUUAACAUAUUAAUUGAGCUAUUGAGGAAAGAACAGUUGGAUGAAGCCGUUCCUCUUAACGGAGUUGAGAAAGCCAUCAAACACUUUGAGAGCCUGCUUGAGAACCGCCUAAAGUUCAGUCCUAAAGGAAGAGUCAUGGACCUGUUUCAAGAUAAUGUGAGGGUUGUCACUAAUGGCUGCAACUACAUGACACUGGAACUGACAAGAUUACACAAUAUGUCAAAGAACGCCAGUGGGUUUCUUUCAGUAUUAAAGGAGCUUGAGAGUUUCAAUAAUGACAUAAGACAGACCUGCAGGAAGGCAAGGAGGCGUCUACCCACCCCACAGUCAGGGAAGAUCAUACUUCUGCCUGAUGACCUCUUUCCUUCUCUCAUCAAGAACCAGGCACUACUGGUCACUAACUUUAGGGCUUUGUAUAGCAGAGUACACCAUAAGAACCAGGGACUGGCUGAUAAUGAGAGUCUGUCAAAUGCCGAGUUGGAAGUCUUGUUUAAUGAGAUGGCAAAAGUUGUGUUCCAAGGAGUGAUGAUUGAAGAAGCAGGCGGAGACAGUAUACCACACUCCUGCAUGUCAAAGAUGGCCAAAGAUCUGGAACACUUUUUGACCGAGUUACAAAAUGGAACGUACGACUCUCAGGAUCCUAAACUUAAAUUUACACCUCCCAUUACACUUCGUGCUCAAGUGGUCAAAGAUGAGUUGAGUGAUACUGAGGGUCUCCGUUACAAGAUCGAAGAGAAGAACAACGAAAUAAAGGAACUUAAGAAAGACCUCAAACUGAAACUGCAAGAGAUCGGAGAGAUAAACACCAAGGUUGCUCUCCUUGAGAAGAAACUGGAGCAGGCAGGAGCUGAAUGCACCCGUAAAGUCGAGGAGGAAAAGAUGGAGACAGAGAGAAUGAAGACUAUUUUAGAUCAACAGGAAGAGAAAUUCAACAGAGCUAUUGUUGUCCUACAGAAGGAUAUAGAGGGGCUGGAGGAGGAGAGGGAUACUCUUAAACAGCAGCUGGAGUCUCAGUCAAGGUCCCCAAUGCCACAGGAUCUGCCCAGAAGAACAUCAUCACUCAGUGGUCGUCAAGCGUUAGCUACUCUCAUGGGUUCAAGGUCGCCAGCUCAUGCCCACAGGAGUCAAGCCACUCCUCCUCAACCCAGCACUGCUGCCUCUGAUGACACAGCUGGUCCCUUCCCGCCAAUAUCUAACUCUCCACUUCUUCUAGCACAGAUCGAUUCUUUGAAGAAGGCUUUGUGUUAUUCACAAGAUGAGAAUGUUCAUUUAAAAGCACAGGCAGUUAGAGCUAAGUUGUCAUCCCUCCCUCGUCUUCAUGUUGCUAGCACUUUGAGUGUUGACAGGAAGAGGAGGAGAGAGGGAGGGGAAGAGACUAACCGCAGCGACACUGAGAAAUCCUUUACUAGAAGGACAGACAAUUUACUAAAGGAUUUGAAUACAGCUCUCUCGCAUGCCUGUGUUGUUGAUAUCACCAAAAAAGAGAGAGAUGUUGGUGCCAGAGAAGCCUUAGCUCAAAGAAUGUCUUCACUCAUUGAACUGAAGCACAAAACUGCAUUGCUGAAAGAAGAAGCUGCUCAAAGUUUAGCAUCAAGUUAUUCCAGAGGAUUAGUACAGACAAGAAUAAAGUCAUUUGUGUCACCUUCUUUUUCAAAGGCUUUGUCUGAAAAUGACGCUUCAUGCAAGCAGCUCCUUGCUAAACUGUACUUGCCAGGUUCUUCUGGAAGGGAAGAGGGAGAGCUUGCGAGUGGCAGAGCUUGUAAGAAGCUCCUGCUCUCUGCCUCUCAGUUUCAAGCGCUUCAUUCGCUUGUUGUGACAUAAAAUAAUAAUCAUUUGUAUAAUGUCUAGCUAGUUAGCAAUAAUGAUAAAAAAGCUCAGAAUAAAAACUCUACAAAAAUGAUAAUGAUAAUUUGAUUAUUAUUAUUAUUCUUAUUAAUGUUUUAUGAUCCUAAUGAUAAUAAUUUAGCAGUCUUUUAUUGAAUGUAUAACUCAAUCAGAUCAA